AUGCCACCGCUAUCCGCUGUCCAGAAAGCGGCGGUAGCCAGUUUCGUGUCGAUAACCGGGGCCUCGGAUAAGACUGCUAGUAGAUACCUCAAAAACACAGGAUACAAGUUGAACGAAGCCGUUGAUGCGUUCUUCCAGGGGAAUGCUAGUGCAUCAACUACGACCAACGAAUCACGACUUACGAAACUGUUUGACAGCCUCAGGAAUACUGAGGAGGACCCGAAAGAUGCACUCGGUGCGGAUUCAUCCAUGGCCUAUCUGACUUCUAUCGGCGUCGAUCUUGAAGGGGCGUCACUAUUUCUUGCUAUGGAACUCGUCCAGGCUCCUACUAUAGGCGAAAUAACCCGAAAAGGCUUCAUAAAUGGCUGGAAAGCCAACCCGGCGGCCGAGGUCAAGAUCGAAGGCCAGAAGCAAUACUUCAAGCGUCUUGCCGACUCACUAAGCAGGGAUCGAGAUUUAUUUCGUAAAGUCUACCGGUACGCUUUCGUGGUCGGUCGAGAAGGAGACCAACGGGCACUCUCACUAGAUAACGCGAUCUUGUACUGGGAGCUACUUUUCAAGAAGCCAGGCGUGCUAUGGAUUGGACAGACUACGGGUACUGAUUGGUUGGCUGAGUGGAUUGCGUUUCUGCGAGAGAAUUGGACACGGUCUGUCAGUCGCGAUAUGUGGAAUCAGACUUUCGAAUUCGCUUUAAAGAGCAUGGCGGACGAAACACUGAGCUUCUGGAGCGAGGACGGAGCUUGGCCAGGAGUUGUUGACGACUUUGUGGCCUGGUAUAAACGCAAGUCGUCGGAGAUGGACGUCGAUGCUUGA